UACUUCAACCACCGAUCUGUUUAUCAUUUCAAUCCCUUUUCACCCUUCAGGAGAUAGAUGUACCACGCGACAUGUUCGAGGAACCCAACGACAGUUUGAACAAGAAUGACGUUCCCAUUUCACCUCCAGACAACUGCUCCAGGGAUUCUAGUCUGCGUCACAAACAACUCCACACUGACAACAACCUCCAGCCGGGGGACGAAAGGCCUUUCCGGUGUGCCAUCUGUCCCAAGGCGUUCCGGCUUUCCUCCACACUGUCCGCACACAAGAAGCUGCACGACCAAAGAGGACCCGGUCUACGAUGUGAGACGUGUGGACGAGCCUUCACGCAACCCAGCGCUCUCUCCAGCCAUCGACUGUUGCAUCGGUCGGAUCGGCCACAUAGUUGCAGCCUCUGUGGAAAGCAGUUCGUUCGGCUGCAUGCCCUCAAGACACACGUGCUUAGUCACGCGAACGAACGACCCUACGAGUGUGACCAGUGUGGAAAAGCUUUUACCGAAAAGCACGUGCUCGUACGUCAUCGCAAGACGCACAGUAACGAGCGGCCCCAUGAGUGUGCCGUUUGCUCGAAGGCCUUCAAGGAGCGGUAUGACCUGCUGCGCCACACGCUCAUUCACAGUGGACUGCGGCCGCACAAGUGUCCCGAUUGCUCCAAAACCUUCGUCCAAUCCAAUGCACUGGUUAAGCAUCGAAAGUGUCACGAACGGGAACGCACCGUUGGCCGUCAUCAGUUGAACGCAGCUUCCUUUGCUGUAACUAGGGCCGAAACUACGUGUUGCUAAGUGGAACAGUGACGGAGCGACGGAGCAACAAGUGUUAAUGUUGAUUUGCAGAGUGUAAAUAGAAACGUGUUUGAGCAAAUGUUAUUGUGAGUGUCUUUGGAACGGCAUUGGGAGGAAGUGUGCAAUUAAAUAAAGUGUGUAUAUAUUCACAGA